UGAAAUAGCUUUCGACAAUCACAAUUCGACGACUGAAAAAAAGGGGAGGAGUUAUCAACGACACCUAAUCCAGCUCCACCAUGUCAAUUUCCGUGUAUGGCCAACGAGUGAAGCCCUUGCUUUUCUGAGUUUCCAUACCACGAUCAUGAUCAUGAAAAAAAUGGCGGUAUACACCGUACAAGUGCCGAGCGAAAGGUAUUCGCCACUCGCCAGACGAAGAGGAAGGAACCACUAUCAUGAUUAAGGGUGGUACAGCAGUGCACCGUACACCUGCGGAGCGAAAGCUCCUCGCCUGCCAAAAAUAAAUAGGCGCGCCAAUUCUUCUUUUCUUCCUCUACCUCUUCCUCCUCCUCCUCCACCCCUGCCGACAUGAGAAACAAUUGCUCGGGAAAGGCGAGGGCUACACGCCGCCGAAAUAUCGGAGUUCAAUGCUGUUUUCCAGGGGCUGCUAAGAAGAAGCAGUGCGGAUGUUCAUGGAAGAAGCCACAAUUCUUCAAAGUCUUGAUUGAAGAUUUUCGCGAGAGCUUGCAAAUUCCACCUGCAUUUUUGAAGCAUCUGAGAGUUGGUGAAUCUGGAGCAGCCAUUGUCAAAGACCACGCUGGUAGAUCUUGGGAUAUAAAAUUGUUGAGGAUGGGUGACCAUAUAAUAUUCGAGGAGGGAUGGAUGAAAUUUGUUGAGGAGAAUGGCUUAGACACAAGUGACUUUUUGGUUUUCCGAUAUGAUGGAGAGUUGCAUUUUACAGUCACCAUCUUCAACAGAAGCUGUGUGGAGAAGUCUCCUGCAACUCCCACUGUGGAUGUGAUUGCUGCUGAAGACCAUUUGCAGUCCGUUGAUGUCGACAUGGAAGAAAAAUGCACAACAACUCCCACUGCGGAUGUGAUUGCUGAUGAAGACCAUUUGCAAUCUGCUGACGUGGACAUGGAAAAAAAAUGCACAAGAACGAAAGCGUGGGAUGCUGCAUCUUCACUAAAGACUACUAAUCCGACAUUCAAGAAGAUGGUGGCAGAAAGCGACUCAUAUCGUAUGCGUAUUCCAGCUGACGCUCCAAAUGGAAGUGUGCCAAAGAAGACUUGUGAGGUGAAGCUUGAGGAUCCUGAUGGUAGGCAAUGGCCCGUUAAAAUCCUGAUAUGGAUCAGCUCCAAUAAAGCUCAUUCCUUGCCUCGUAUGGAAAGAUCACUGAGUUCUGGGUGGCACAACUUCUUUGAAGCACAUUGCCUGAAGAAACGAGAUGUCUGUGUUUUUGAAUUUGUAGCACGAAAGAAGCUAUUCAAUGUCCAUAUUUUUCGGGACGGAACAUAAUGAACAUUUGUAUGCAAGCUAAUUGACAGAAUGAUGGGAAUGACGAUCGUAUAUCCGUGGAGCGUUGCCAGUGGUUAUGUUCAAUUGCUAUCUAAAAGACAUUGUUAUUAUCUAUGGAUUUUUGCCA